AGGAAGCUGUGGGGUUGAAACAACGACAACGCAGGCCGGAAGCAGGGGGGAGGGAGCGGGGACCUCGCUUCCCCCCCUUUCCCCCCUCUCCGUCAUUUCACCUUUCGCUUCUGUAGGACUUGCUCGGCGAGAGUUGUGGAGAAGACGGUGUGGGGCCUCUUCAUUCUCUUUCUUUGAUUUCCACUCCAGGUUCUCGGAGGCGGUCUGUGACCUGCGAGCAACCGCCUGAAGGAAGGAGGAAAUGGGUGCGGGGAUCAGCACUGGUUUUCGCUGAGUGGGUUGCAAGUCAUUGUUAAGAGAUGGUUCAAGAAAAUCUACCUCACAAAUUCCGUUUGUUUGCCCAUGUGCUGCAUCAUUGGAGAUCUCAACAGGAACUUGUCAGUUAUUUUUGAAAGUCUCAGGAUAACAUAUGGACAUCAAUACAGGUCAAUGUAUUACACUCUAGGAAUGGGCCAAAAUAUGAAGCAUUCUCAAUUCAGCAGGCCAAUCUAUUACCCAUAAAGGUGUUAAGAACGCUUAACAACACUUCAAACAGUACUCUCUAGAGUUCUUAAUUAUUCAGGAAAGGUAGCUUGAUCUCUUCUGAAAUCAACUGACUUUCUCUAAUCUUGUCUUGGAGAUAUUAAAUGGAAUGCAGUCAUGUCUACCCAUGAAGGAAUACAGAUCAACACUGACUAUGCUGUCGCUUUGUUAGAACAGUUAAAAUCAUUCUAUGAACAGCAAUUGCUAACUGACAUUGUUUUAAUUGUCGAGGGCACUGAAUUCCCAUGUCAUAAGAUGGUUCUUGCUACGUGCAGCUCUUACUUCAGGGCAAUGUUUAUGAGCGGGUUGAGUGAAAGCAAGCAGACACAUAUUCAUCUGAGGAAUGUGGAUGCAGUCACUUUUCAGAUUAUAAUAACGUAUGCUUAUACGGGUAAUUUGGCAAUAAAUGACACAACAGUUGAACAGCUUUAUGAAACAGCAUGUUUCCUACAGGUCGAUGACGUGUUACAUCAGUGUAGGGAAUAUUUAAUUAAAAAAAUUAAUGCUGAAAACUGUGUGCGGCUUUUGAGUUUUGCUGAUCUUUUUAGCUGUGAGGAGUUAAAACAGAGUGCUAAAAGAAUGGUGGAACACAAGUUUACAGUUGUAUACCACCAAGAGGCUUUCAUGCAGCUCACACAUGAUUUGUUGAUAGAUAUUUUGAGCAGUGACAAUUUAAAUGUGGAAAAAGAAGAGACAGUUCGUGAAGCUGCUAUGUUGUGGCUGGAAUAUAAUACAGAAUCCCGAUCACAGUAUUUGUCAUCAGUUCUUAGCCAAAUAAGAAUUGAUGCACUUUCUGAAGUUACACAACGAGCUUGGUUUCAAGGCUUACCACCAAAUGAUAAAUCAGUAGUGGUUCAAGGGUUGUAUAAAUCUAUGCCGAAGUUUUUUAAACCAAGACUUGGAAUGACUAAAGAGGAGAUGAUGAUCUUCAUUGAAGCUGCUGCUGAAAGUCCUGGUAAUCCUUACUCUUCAGUAUGUUACAGCCCACAGGCUGAGAAAGUUUACAAACUCUCUAAUCCUCCUGCUGAUCUCCAUAAAGUUGGGACACUUGUAACUCCUGAUAAUGAUAUUUAUAUAGCAGGUGGGCAAAUCCCACUGAAAAGUACAAAAAUCAACUACGGUAAAACUAGCAAAUUUCAAUUUGCCUUCCGUACUGUGAAUUGUUUCUACUGGUUUGAUGCCCAGCAAAAUACAUGGUUUCCAAAGAGUCCAAUGCUAUUUGUUCGUAUAAAGCCAUCUCUUGUUUUCUGUGAAGGCCUUAUCUAUGCAAUUGGUGGAGACAGUGUUGGUGGAGAACUUGACAGAAGAACUGUAGAAAGAUAUGAUACUGAGAAAGAUGAAUGGACCAUGGUAAGCCCUCUGCCCUGUGCUUGGCAGUGGAGUACAGCCGUUGCUGUUCAUAAUUGCAUUUAUGUAAUGGCACACAACUUGAUGUAUUGUUACUUCCCCAGAUCAGAUGCUUGGGUUGAAAUGGCUACAAGACAAACUAAUAGAUGCUUUGCUUCAGCUGCUGCUUUUGGGGAUAAAAUAUUUUAUAUUGGAGGCUUGCAUGUUGGUGGCAAUCUUGGUAUAGGAUUACGUCCUCGGAGUGUAACUGGACCUUCCCUAGCAGUGGAAGUUUAUGAUGUGAAUAAAAAUGAAUGGCAAAUGACAGCCAAAAUCCCUGCCAAGCGGUAUUCUGAUCCCUGUGUCAGAGCUGUUGUGAUUUCUAACACAUUGUGUAUCUUUGUACGAGAAACGCAUAUGCAUGAAAGAGCCAAAUAUGCUACAUACCAAUAUGACAUGGAACUUGAUCGUUGGUUCUUGCAACAGGAUAUAUCUGAGCGGGUACUCUGGGAUUUGGGAAAAGAUUUCCGAUGCACUGUGGGAAAACUAUAUCCAUCUUGUCUUGAAGAGUCCACAUGGAAACCUCCAUCAUACCUAGUUUUUCCUUAUACAGAUGAUGAGUUUGAAAUUGAGGAGGAUGUUCCAUUACCACCUGUAUAGCUCCCUUAUUCAGAUACUGCAUGCCUAUAACUAAUGAACAUUGUAUUUGAGAGACUAGAGCUGCAAAAUGAAAUGUUAAGUUGUCUUGUAUGUAUGCCCUAAUUUUUUUGUGGCCAUUGAGUUUAAAUCAGUAAAACAUAUUACUAGAUAUGCCUUCAUAAUAUCAGUCCCUCUGAUAGUUGAUGGAAAACCUCUCUCUCCCUCUCCCUCCCUCCCUCUCACACACACACGUGUGUGUGUUUGUGUGUAUGAUCAUAUAUGUAUCAUGAUUAGAUGUAUUAUCUAUAUAUUUCAAGCUUAAAUCCUCUGCUUAUUGUCUGAAUUUUUAGUCCUGUGAGUUCUGGAACUUUUCACAAAGCAGCUUCUACUUCUAGAAAGUUAUAUUAAUUGCUCAAAAUACCUUUGUUAUAUUUAAAUCUGGAAAUAUCUGUACGUGCUAGUUAUAUAAAUUGUGUAGCUGAAUGAAAUGUGCUGCACUCAAUACACACAGCUGUAUUGAUGUAAUAAUACCAUGUAAAAGAAUAAAAUCCCAUGGAUCUACCUGUGGUAGGAAGGGUAGAUCUUCCAUUUUAUGGUGAUAUGCAGGGCAAAAUGACUGCAGGUUCAGUCGAGCUAGAUGAUGCUGAUGACUAGGUGCAUGUAUUUUCACUAACAUACCUGUUUAUUUAGAAUACAGGUCUUCCGAGCAGCUGGUAGUUUACCAGGUGUGAACUGACAUUGCUGGGCUUGCAGUAAGAAUUGCUAGCCCUUCAUAGUGCGGGUCUCUGGAGCUUUUAAUCAGUAAACAGCUCUAUGUUCUGUAUUUUGGAAACAUUGGCUCAUUAAUAUUAGUUCCUGCUACUUAUUUUCCCCUACCCCAGUAUAUACAAAAGUAUAGUGUGAAUUAACCACAUCUUUAUUUUUGUUAAUUUAUAUUACUGUAGUAUGUCUUUGUAAAAUAAUCUUAUAAUUGUUUGUCUCUUAUUUUUUCCUGUGGGGUUGGGGGAGAUAAAUUUUGUUCAGGAAUAUUUUGUGCAGAGGAGAGGUUGUCUGAUGCUGCUCUGGCAUUAAUCCCAGGAACCACUAGCAGAAGUAAGGCACCAUCAAUCUCACAUGAGACCAGAUACUUCAUGAUGGAUCAUACCAGCAUGUUCAGCUGCAUUAUGUUCUGGCACUGUAUUUUGAAUGAUAUUAAUUUAUUAAAAAGAAUCAGUUUGUUCUCCCCCCCCCCUCA